UGGAACGUUACUUUCAAUUACUCGAUCAAGGAAAUCAUUCACUAUCGCGAAACGUAAUUUCGUGGUGAUAUUACGAAAGCAAUAAUGUUUAGUGAAGAUUGUUUUUUAUUAAAUUCCGUUAAAGAUUUUUGGGAAGGUGUCUGCCGGUAGACUUAGGAGCAAAAACGGCACUCGCACAAUGCUUGUAGAUUUUAUCUGUGAUUUAGUUUUUUCGGCAUGACUACAAUGAAGAAUCCUAAUACGUCGUCUUCCAAGCUGGCUCUGCUGAGCCACAUUAAGUACGAGCACCUGGUAGCUGGUAUAUCGGGUGGCGUCACAUCUACACUGAUUUUACAUCCAUUGGACCUUAUCAAAAUUCGAUUUGCAGUUAAUGACGGCAGGACCGCAACUGUACCGAGGUAUGAUGGACUGGGUAGUGCAUUUGUGACGAUUGUGAAGAAAGAAGGGGUAAAGGGCCUGUACCGAGGAGUCACACCCAAUGUGUGGGGUUCCGGCUCAGCUUGGGGCUUCUACUUUUUAUUCUACAAUGCAAUCAAGACAUGGAUACAAGGCGGGAACGCCCGGACGCCCCUCGGACCAGGCAUGCACAUGCUGGCGGCGGCUGAAGCAGGAAUCUUAUCCCUCGUAAUGACCAACCCCAUCUGGGUGGUGAAGACUCGCCUCUGUCUCCAGUACAGCGGGGAACAACUAGCAGAGCACAAGAGAUACAAAGGGAUGGUUGAUGGCCUCACGAAGAUCUAUAGGACUGAGGGCAUACGAGGGCUGUAUAGGGGCUUCGUGCCAGGCCUGUUUGGGGUGUCUCACGGCGCAUUGCAGUUCAUGACAUAUGAGGAGAUGAAGAACAGGUACAACCAGUACAGGAAUCUGCCUAUUGACAUCAAAUUGACAUCAGUGGAGUACUUAACAUUCGCGGCGGUGUCUAAGCUCAUAGCCGCGGGCGCCACUUACCCCUACCAAGUGGUGCGCGCGCGCCUCCAAGACCAACACCGCAGCUACGACGGCGCCUGGCACUGCAUCAAUGAAACCUGGAGACAUGAGGGGUGGAAGGGCUUCUACAAGGGUCUGAAGCCAAACUUGGUGCGAGUGGUUCCCGCUACAAUGAUCACCUUCCUCACCUACGAGAAUGUCUCCUACUACAUGUUGCGGCGCGCGCAGGAACUCAAGUAUUCCUGACAAGGACACUGAGACGACGAAACCAGACGAUUCAGGAGCGCUGCACGGCCAACCCGAUAUAUUGUGUCUACAUAUAAAAAAUGACGCCACUAUUCGCUGCUAAUACUUUAAUUCUAAGCGUAGAAUGUGUUUUUGGAUAGAUCUUCGAACACUGGUGGCCAGUCUCGUUACCGUUAACGCAAAAAUAUCCUAGAAUCGUUUGUCUUUUUGCAAAUAUUCAGUUAGAAUUUACGUAAUUUGGCGGCAUAAUACGUUCUAAACAGAUGUUUUUGUGUCGACGGAGUUCGAAAAAAUUGUUGAUUCUAUAAAAACCUUACAAAACUACCGGUUUGUCUGUGGAAUGGAGUUUUCUUAAAAAUAUUAAGCAUUGAAAUACAGUUACCUUUAGCUAAGAGAUCUUUUGCAUGAGGUUUUUAAAUAAAGAUUUACAGAAUUUACUUCUAUUGCACUCCUGUCGUAUGUCGAACUACUUACCCUUUUAACCAGAAACACAUUCUGCGCCUAAAAUUAAUCUUGUGAAUUAUAAUAUGCGACAUCCGCAUGUCUCGAGCAACGCGAUAAAUGAUUUAAUUCUAUAGAACAGCCAAUAGGCUGCGCGAUAAAUAAACCCAUCUUACUGGCUGAUUUAUCGCGUCACGCGCGAUAUGCGAGGAUGGCUACGAGACAGAAAUUAAUCGCGAUUGGUCGUCUCCAGGCUACUUGAAUAUAACUUGACGGAGAAUUUUACUGAAACGGAUUGAAUUUGAAGCGUAGUUAGUUUUAUUAUUAGGUAAUUUUUAAUUUUUCCCUGCAUUUAUUUCUUAAAUUAUGGAUGUAAGUCAUUUUAAAUCAUCACAAUACAUAUGAUAUCAUAUUCAGUAGAAUACCAACUUUUUUUUUAUUAAACGACUUGUGUGCAUUUGACCACAAUCCAGCCUGGUCCGAUGUACCAAUCGAUGAGUUAUUAAAUCAAGUGAAACUAACUACGUGAAUCCAUGUAGUUUACUUAUAAAACAUUACUAGAAAUGUAUGAAGGCAAAUAAUCGUUGAUCACGGCAAGACUGCCAAUUGACGAGUUUAAGUUGAUGAAACCCCAUGGAUUCCAUCAGUUUUACUGCCACUGAUUUAAUAAUACAUUAUGACUCAUUAAUUGACAUCACUUUCAGGUUGAUCGAUUAACAUUAAGUAUUUGAGCAUUGUCCUUUACUUUAUUUCUAAAUAUUGGACCUAAUUGCUGGAUAAAUGCCUCAUAUUUGAAUAUUAUUUGCCCAAUGGCAGCCCUACCUAGGACCGUGCGAGGUGUGCCAUCGCACCGGGCGUCGAAAGGGGGGAGGGGGAAGGGGGGGGGGGGUUUGAAUCAACCAAGACUGGUUUACUCUGGCCAUAUAAAACUCAUACUAGGUGGCCGUAAACAACAUUUUUAAAUGAUUUAAAUAGGUAAAUUUCGGUGGCGGUAAACUAAUCGUUUUUUUUUAUUUUAAGGGGCUGAAGGUUGCCAAUGUGAGGUCUUGCACCACCUAAAUAUUUUGCUAGGGCCGCCACUUGGUAGUUAAAUACUUAUUUAUACACAGUGAUUAGACUUGUACAAAAAAUGUAUUUCAUGACCACCGCACAUAUACUGUUACUUAGUUCCUAGCAAAUCAUGUUUUCAAAUUCAUUUCAUUUUGUUUUAAUUAGUAACUAGGCUGUGUUAUUAUUUCUAUUAUAAUAAUUUAGGUCCAGUUAAUAUUUAGGUAGGUACCUAGUGCCAUUGAGGGACUUUCCAGGUUAGGUUCCUCUAAAACAAUAUACAUGGCGCUGUACAGAUUUUCCUCCGUUUAACCAUCUAAUUUCAUGGAUAACAGACAUUUGCAUCUUUUAUAUUUGUUUUUGGUUAUAAAUGAUGACCAUUUUUAUUACACAGACAUAAUUCUAUAGAUAAUGUGAUCCAAUAGGGUCGUGUACUAGGUUCAAGAUAAAUUAUGAAAUUCUGAUUACUAAAUAAAGUCACAUCUAAAACUAACGAAAAACAUUUUCUUUUUUCUAUUAAACUUAUUUAUGAAUUUUAAUCAAGAAAAACGUAAUAAUAAGUCCGACAUUUUGUCACGUUUUUCUAUGACGUCACAGAGUGCUUUUUCAUACAAAUUCCAUAGUAAUUUCGUGUUUUGACGUUUAGUAAAAAGUAACUGAUUUGACUAGUUGGAAACUAGCCUAUUAUCAAGCAACAAUUAUUUUUAUAUAAGCUUCCGGCGCCAUUACAGUAUAUUUUGGAAUAAUUAUUUACCCGAGUGAUGAGAAAAUAGGUAAUUGGUGUUAAUUCCUGUAAAUACCAUCUAAUUUUAUUUUAAGUUAUAUCUGUCAUUUUCUUAUCCACCGAAAAGGAAAGGGACGGGUAAUCGACAAGCAUAAAAUUUAUGGAACACACGUCAAUUUUAAGGACAAAUCUAAAACAACCGUCUAAAAAAUUUACAUCAGUCAAUAACCCGACACAAGUAAGUAGACAGCACGUCAAACGGAUUGCAUACCAGCGACAUACCUUUUUGAUUCGCCCGGGUUAUUCAUUCAUUUACUCUCUCUCUAUUUAAGAGCUGCGCUCUUGUCGGUGGAGUAACCGCCAUUCCUCUCUUCUUCCCGCCAAAACCUUCACCUCCCGAUACGACACGACCUGCACCUUCUCUUUUAUUUGUUUCAUAAAUGUUAUCCUAGGUCUACCCCUUCCUCUCUUCCCUUCAAUUUUUCCUUCUAUAAUGUUUCAUUCAUUUACUCAUUCUUCCUAAAAUUAAGAGCUGUGAAUUAUCCGUCCCUUUCCUUUUCGACGGAUAUGAAAAUGACGGAUAUAACUUAAAAUUAGGCGGUGUCUGCAGGAAUCGGGGCCAAUAUCACCUUAAAGCUGUACAACGCUAUCUAUAUUGUUUUUGGUGAACGUAGUCUGGAAAAUCCCCCAUUGGACUUAAAAUAAGAUGGAGCCAAAGCUUUGCGAAGUACUACAGCAGUAGUAAGUUUUAAUAUUACAAAUACUAGUUAAUACAGGCUGUUAGUGACAUGGUACUGAAUACUGAGGGGGAUGAUGCAGCUCGUGAUUCUGAGUUAAUAUCAAGUGGAAUUUUCCGUCGCAAAAUUCAAAGCCUUUUUGUUUUUUUAAUAUUUUAAAUUCUAUACUUUUUCGAUGGAAAAUUCCUGGUCUGAAUCAUCCCUCAAAGUUUCCGUUACGAUGUCACUAACAUUCUGUAUAUACGUCGUGGCCAGAUCAUAGAAUUGAUUAUUUUCAUGAUGUGCUCGAUCAUUUCAUGAAAUGGUCAUAUUUCAUGAAAUAGAAUAUCAUUCGUUGGCCACAUCAUGAUGUACUUUGGCCAGAUCAAUGAACACAAAACGUUUAACGAUAUGAGCAACUAAAUGCAUGAUUACUUCAUGAUAUGGCCAAACGUUGGCAAUCAUAUCGUAAAAUUAGUAACAUUAUCCACCGAUAGUGGCGCUGGUUUUGAUAUUAUAAUCGAUGAAUCAAUGUAUUUGUACAAUUUUCCAUAUCGAAUAGGUACAUAAUUUCGAACCUAAGAAAUUAAUCGACUAUUCGUAUUUUUAUUACAUCACAUAGCAUGGACACAUCAAUUUUACGAUCUGGCCACGACAUAUACAUUAUGUCAAAUGAAAAGCCUACUCGACCCACUGCUGGGCAUAGGCCUUUUUCUCAAUCAAUCGUAGAUGGUGUGAAACAUACUCCAAUACGCCGCUCCAUUGCGGGUUGGUAGAGUAACUAGAGUUAAUAUUAUCUAAUUGAAUUGUUCUUGCUUUCCAUGCUGUUAUAAAAUUUCAUCCCAAUAAAACUGCCUCUGAGCUUUUAAUCCAAUUAUUCUGUUUUUUCAACAUAGGAACUAUAACCAUGAAAUUUUUUUUAAAAUUUUUUGUUCAUGUAUUUAAUAAAUUGAAAAAUUCCAUUUUAUGUUGUGUUGUGUGUCGAAGGGACCUUCCUGUAAUUUUAAAGACAUGUUUUCGCAAUUUUCUUCCCUUUUAUGAAAGUUUUUUUUUAUUUCCUAGGUUUGCUGGCCUAAUUUUUUCGCAUGGCUACACCCAGUGUACAUACUUCACAAUUUUUAGGUAAAUUGGCUAAACGUUUUGUAACGUAUUUUAUGCUUUCUUUUUAUUUCUUUUAUUAAUACAUAUAAUACCUAUUGUACUUUGUUUCAAAAACAUGUAUGUUAUUUUGUUUUCAAUAAAUAUUUAGUUUAGAAU